AAUUAAAUAACACCAAUGUGAAGUUAAAAUGUGAGUGUGAUCAGCAGAGAGUGAAAUUACUCAUGGUUGUGACGUAAGGUCAUGAGAGGUGGGGGGGAAACCGAGUCAGAUGAUAGUAGGCGAAAUCAUCAGACCGGCUCAGCUGUCUCGAAGCCAUCAACGCACCCAUCAGCAAGUUUUCCGUUGCAGCCUGUGAAAACGGAGGAGCGCGCCAGCAAGCGACACUCGAUGGAUUAUACAACGUAAAUCAAGAAAAAGGCUGUGUUGACGCCAAUCCGAACUAAAAAGGGAGAAAGAAAGCACAUUACAGGGGGAUUUGUCUUGCUGUCCACAGAUGAAUUUUGAUCAGCCGCCUCCUUAUGGGGGCCCUGGCACCUCUGCCCCAGGAUACCCUGCCCCUACAGCACCUGGGUACUCUGCCCCCAUGGCCCCUGGAUACCAACCCCAGGGAUACCAACCCCAAGGGUUCCCAGAUCAGGGAUACCCAGCCCAGGGAUACCCUGCUCCGGGUUACCCACCAACAGAUCCAUCCUACUCUAACUUCCCCCCAGGACCCCCAGGUUUAUACCAAGGGCAGCCAGGUUACCAGGGUUACCAGAUGCCCCCUCAGCCACAGUUUGGAUGGCAGGAUACACCCCCUGGUGCACAAACGCAUGGAGAGGCCCCUAAGAACACAGUGUAUGUGGUGGAGGACAGGAGUCGAGAUGGCGGAGGGGAGCACGCCUGUCUCACGGCCUGUUGGACGGCCCUGUGCUGCUGCUGUUUGUGGGACAUGAUGACCUGAUCACUGAGCCUGACGAGACGAGACGACCUCACCAUGUCCUCCCCAGAGAAAUCUACCACGGUGUAAAACCGUCUGGAAGUUUUAACUGAUCUUUUACUUCCUGUCUCGUUGUCUUAUUUGUUGUAACUUUAUUAUGCUUGCUAAAUUAUUGCACACAUGACUUUGUACAUCAUACGCCAACUAAAAACCUAGCCUGAACACUCAAAGUACUAAAGCUAACUUUCGUUUUUUUAAAUAUUGACACGUCUUCACCGAAGAAAAAUGUAUACUAAAAAUCUGUUUAAUUAUUAACAGUUUAUAUUGAAUUAUAUUUGUUUGUUUUUCAUAUUGGAGAUCUUGGAAAAUUAAGUUUCUCUUUCAUCCCCUCCUUUUAAAUAUUUGCUUUUCAUGGUAAAGAACUAGACUGAACAAAAAUAUAAACGCAACAUGUAAAGUGUUGGUCCCAUGCUUCAUGAGCUGAAAUAAAAGAUCCCCGA